ACCUUCAUUCUGUCCAUCUCUAACCCACAAUAUAUUCCGAGGAGACUUGUGUGAGCUUUUCCAGGCAUCACAACCCGCGCUAACCCAGUUCUUGUUCAUGUCUGAAAUGUACCCGUUGCCAAUGUGACCGUACUUCCAUGCGGACUAUCCGACUUCAUCAACCAAAUCACUCCAUCCGGUGAGGUGCCCAGUCAACCUGCGGUCCUCACCUCCGACAUGUCGAACAAUGCUGCAUAUGCGGUACCACCGGUGAAAGCUCCGUCAAUCUCAUCCAAAACAACCUUCCACUUCACCGCAGGGCUCUUCUCCGGCCUCACAUCCGCCAUCCUUCUCCAACCCGCCGACCUCCUCAAAACCCGCGUCCAGCAAUCCCAAACCUCCGCUCUCCUCCCAACCCUCAAAACCAUCCUCGCCUCCCCCCACCCAAUCCGCAGCUUAUGGCGCGGGACGCUCCCCUCCGCCCUCCGCACGGGCUUCGGCUCCGCCCUCUACUUCACCAGUCUCAACGCCCUCCGACAAGGCAUCGCGCAGACCACCCCACUCGCCAACCCCAACACUAGCACCAUCACCAACACCUCCACAUCCGCCCUCCCCAAACUCUCCAACUGGGCCAACCUCUCCACCGGCGCAGCCGCCCGCGUCGCCGCCGGCUUCGUCAUGAUGCCCGUGACGGUCCUAAAAGUCCGCUACGAGUCCGACUACUACGCCUACCGCAGUCUCUACGGCGCAGGGCGCGACAUCGUCCGCACAGAAGGCAUGCGGGGGCUCUUCGCGGGCUUCGGCGCAACAGCAGCACGAGACGCACCCUACGCAGGCCUCUACGUACUCUUCUACGAGCAACUCAAACGACACAUCGGGUCCCUGACCAGCCCAGAGCCGGGCCAAGCAGGCAGCGACCAGCCAGUACGAACGACAUCGUCGUCGUCGGUGAAUUUCGUAUCGGGCGCCCUGGCAGCAGGUCUAGCCACGGCGAUCACGAACCCGUUCGACGCGGUCAAGACGCGGCUGCAGCUUAUGCCGGGCCGGUACGGCAAUAUGAUGCGGGCGGUGCGGCUGAUGAUCCACGAGGACGGGGCCCGGAGCCUCUUCGGCGGACUUGGGCUGCGCAUCGGUCGUAAGGCGCUGAGUUCGGCGCUGGCGUGGACGGUGUAUGAGGAGCUUAUCCUGCGGGCGGAGAAACACUGGGCUGUGAAUGGGGGGUGAGCCCUCCCUCAUCCUCUUCCUCUAAGGUGCACUUUCCAGUCAGAGUUCCCUUCUUUAAUCAUAGCAUGUUGGAUCAAAGGGAAGAAAUAAAGAAGGAAAAAUGUAUACUAUUAAACGGACCUCGAUACGACAUAA